GCAUAAUCAUUAAAGUCUCUCAUUUCAACGUACUAAGACCUAAAAUUGUUCACUUCUAUAAAAAAAUUAAAAUCAUGAAGUGGUGCUUACUUUUUGUUUUAAUCGCAUUCUGUGCUGUUUUUGCUGUUGCAAAAGAAAUUGAUGAUCAAAAGGAUGUGCCACAGCAUUAUUGUGGUGUUAGACUUAAUCGUAUUAUGAAGAUGUCAUGCUCACCAGAUGAAAUGAUCAGAAUUAUAAACGAAAGUCCAUUGCCAGAAAUCACAAACGUUUAUUCCAUAAGUAGAGGCGCAACACUUUUGGAUCGAUGCUGCAGAAACAUGUGUACCUUAAGAGAUCUUGUUGAAUAUUGUCCAAAAUUAUAAAUCUUUUAAAACUUUACUUUAUUAUUAUUGUCAAAGUUAAAAAUCAUAUUAUGACUAGUGGAACUCAUUUAAGUAAUGGAUAUAGAUGCAAUAAACUUGAUUAAUGUCUAUCCAUUUAGAAAAUUGAAUUUUAAAAUAUUACAAAGGA